UAAUAAAGUCUGAAGUAACCAAUCACAUCUUUAGUUCCACUAGUAGUCGACUCUGAUUGGAUUUAAGGUCUGUCAGUCAUUCCUAGAGGAGGCGGAUCUGUCGCUUUUACGCACAGACCGGACAGUCCGCUUACCACGCACGGAUAACAAGGCUGAUAUCCGGACAGAGAGGUGAGAAUUGAAAGGAAAGAGGAAAAGAGAAUUAGGAAGAAGGAGUAGAAGAGGAGGAGAAGGUGAACGUAAAACGAGGAGAAAAGACGCGCGGACGCACACGUGUUUCUCAACUAAAGAAGAGGGAAAAGUCUGCGUGUGAAGAAAUAGAGAGGGAGAGAGAGAGAGUGUGUGUGUGUGUGUGUGUGUGUUCACCACUCUCCACCAACUCCUCAAUGUCGCUCCCUGGCUCUCCUCCGCUCCUCUCACCGGGCUUGGGCGCCCCGACUCCGGUGCCGGUUUACCGCUCAGCCCCGGACGCGCUCCACACAUCCGCAGCCUCUACCGGUACCCUAAGCCCGGCGCACGCCAACUCCAACUCUCACUCCUUGUCCCCGUCUCCACGCCUCACCAGCAGCAUCCUCAGCGCUUUCCUGCCGGGACCCGGGGGCGCGCUGGCUGGCUUGGGCAACAGCGGAGCCUGUGGCGGCGCUCUGGGUCCCCUCGGUGGUCUCGGCUCUCUGAGCGCUCUGUCGGGAUCACCCAGCUUGACGCAGGCGUCGUCCAACACGGGUCUAUGCAACGAGUGCAAGCUGGUCGAGGUGCACGGCGUGAAGGUGGCCAGCUUCAGCAUGGACGGCCAGGAGCUGAUCUGCCUCCCGCAGGUGUUCGACCUCUUCCUGAAGCACCUGGUGGGCGGGCUGCACACAGUCUACACGAAGCUGAAGAGGCUGGACAUCACGCCCGUGGUGUGCACCGUGGAGCAGGUGCGCGUCCUGCGGGGGCUCGGCGCCAUCCAGCCCGGCGUGAACCGCUGCAAGCUCAUCUCCAGGAAGGACUUCGAGACGCUGUACCAGGAUUGCACCAGCGCCAGCUCUCGUCCAGGCCGUCCUCCCAAACGCUGCACCGGUGCAGGGAUCCAGGAAAGCCCCAGGCUGCUUCACCCGGGCCUCCCUGGUUUGCUGUCCCCCAACUUGCUGUCCCACACUGGUCUGACUGCAGCCGCCAUGGCCGAGCUCCAGAAGCUUCAGAAGAUGAAGAUGAUGAUGAGUCUGCAAAAUGGAAAUGAGUCAGACGAUGACUUGUACUCCAAUACGGGUGGAAGUGAGUCUUCUUGGGAUAAAGAGCAUUUGACCAGCCCCCCUGCUGGAGCCCACAGUGGAGGACCAGGAGGAGGUGGAGGAGGAGUGGCAACAGUGGGAGGAGCAGGAGGUGGUGCAGCGGGCAGUGCUGGGAGGGGUCCUGCCUUAGGAGCUGUCAGCCAGCAACAACUCCAGCAGCAACAGCUACUGGCUAACAGGUUGGAUCUGCCAUUCAUGAUGAUGCCCCACCCUUUGCUGCCCAUGGGACUACCACCCGCAUCUGUUGCCAUGGCAAUGUCACAGAUGAACCACCUCAAUACCAUUGCCAACAUGGCCGCUGCAGCCCAGCAGAUACAAACUCAUGUACACCGUGAGCCUGUCAUCAAGGAAAGACUUUGUGACAGUCCUUCUCUUUCUCCAUCUGUUGAUGAAAACAACACUCCUCUACAGUCACAGCCCAGCAGCUCGGCCUCCAGCUCACCUGAAAGACUUGCAGCUUUGGUGUCAGUUGAUUCAGAUGUUGCCCUGACCAAUUCUGCUGCAACCAUCAAGAAAAUAACAAAGGACAAAGAAGAGUCUUCUCUGGGACAAGCACUACCACCUGGAUUUCCAGCUCCGUUUCUCUUCGCUGACGGCCUGUCGUCAGUGGAAACACUGCUCACCAACAUUCAGGGCCUGUUGAAGGUGGCAGUUGAGAACGCCCGGGUACAGGAAAAACAGAUCCAGGCGGAGAAGAGGGAGCUGAAGAUGGAGUUGUACAGAGAAAGAGAGAUGAGGGAGAGUCUGGAACGACAACUCACCUCUGAACUACAGAACAGAGCCUCCAUCCAGAAGCGACUGAAGAAAGAGAAGAAGGCCAAGAGGAAGUUGCAGGAGGCACUGGAGUUCGAGUCAAAGAGGAGGGAGAGAGUGGAGGAUGCCCUUAAACAUUCAUCUUCGUGCUCCCCCUCACCGGAGCCACUGCAUGCUGCCAACAACAACAGCACAAAGAAAGACACUGCUGUAGCUGAGGACAAACCUGAAGUUAAUGGAAACCAACAAGACAACAGCGCUUUACAAGAAUCCCGGUCGUAUCUGAAGACCACUAUGAUGUUCUAAAGAGAGACUCCGCCCUUAGAAACCUCACCCACCCUGCACAGAAGAACUCCACCAGCCCAUUCCCACAACAACCACAGAUGCUACGGCAGCCUGGAUUUCCAUGGCAAGAACAUCCUCAGACAGGGUUCUAUCUUUAUAACAGUGCAACCUUUUUGGUUGUUGCUGUGAAAUGAUGAGACUACAAAGGGACAGACUCCUUAUUUGUACUUAUUUUGGGGUUGUCUCUCUCUCUCUCUCUUUCUCUCUCUCUCUCUCUCUCCUAUUUUUUUGACAAAUCUCCCUCCAUUCAUUGGUCUUUUUCUGCCUCUGCAACAGAACUACUCUCAACCCCAAAAAAAGACACCACGAUGCAAAUGGACUAGACUGAAGUCAGCAUAUUACAAAUCAACUUGGCUGGACAUCAUUUGGGAAAAUGAAUAACAGUGGUCAAUUUGAUUGAUCAGACUUUUUAAAAAAUAUCCAGUGACAUAUGAUGUGACGAGCAAGUCUUCUGACUCGGCUGAUGGUUGGAUGCCUCUGAUUGGAUGGUAAUCAGCUAAUCGAAGGAGGUCAAAACCAGAUAAACAGGAGUAGACAAAAUAUUAGAAAGAAAAAAAUGAAGAAAACAACUUUUUCAGAAAUCUAUUUCUGUCUUGUGUUUCAUUCUUUUUGUCCAUAUAGGGACUGAAAAAAUGCAUGGGAAAACUCUUCAUUGUCAUUUGGCUUAUUUGGCUCCUUCACUCUAAUUCUCUUUCUCUUUCCCCCUACUUAAAUUUUUCUACCCCUUGUUUUGUUUAUCUUUUCUAUAAACCUGUUCAUCCUACGUAUUCUCGCUUGUUUGCAUGAUUCCACUCCUUGUUUUAUAUGGUGUACUUGUCUUUCUCAUCCCCCCCCCCCUUUAAAGGAGACAUUUCUCUGAAGAUUUAGGAUGUAGCUUUUCAAUGUGUGAUUUUCUAUCACCCUUAAAAACCUGUAAAAAUGGUUUUUGAAAAGAUGCAAAAGUUAACAUAAAAUGUGUUUUUAUUACAACAGAGUGAUUUUUAGACGCAACAACAUGCAAAAGGUACAUUGAAUUCUCUCCCACCAUGUUGAACCUUUUAACCUUUUGACUCCUGUUCCUGUGACCAGAGGUAGUAGUACAGUUUCUGGUGUUCAUCACAUUUGAGGAGCUCUUGAUUUAUCUGAUUUAUUUAACCACCCCAAAUCAAAGUGUAACACUUUCUGUAUCAGUUAAAAAUCCAGGUUUACCUCUUUAUCCAUAGUGGUUUAAGAUGAUUAAAUGUAUCCCAAGUGUAGAAAUCAAGCACUCCUCUGCAACGCCAAACACUGGUAACCUUUGAUUCAACCUGAUUUUUUUGUCUUAAUACGAGUGCAGACUGUUGUGUUGAAGUUUUAUCACACUACGUGUUUUAUUCGUUGAUUACUAUUUCAAAUGUGUACGGGAGGAACAGUGGGGCUAGUAUGGGUGGGUCGGAUAAAUUGGGGUUAUUAAAGGGAUAGUGUGUAUAGAUAGAAAUUACAUUUAACGUUCUCUUGUUUUAUUUGUUUGUUUUUUUUUCUCUUGAUGACCUCUCAGUCUCUCACUGUUUUCUGGGUUUGAGCUGACUGCAAAUAUACAGUAUUAUAAUGA